CGGUUUCUCACUGAAAACAAAACAAGAGAAAGAGAGAUCAAAAGCAUUUCACAGACUCACUCACUUUUCGAUUUUCAUUCUCUCAUUAACGAAACCGCUUCUCAGCGAUUAAGCGUAAGGGAAAAGAUAACACGGUUUAUGUGCGCGCUGAAUGAGAGUUUCCGUUUUUGCUGAACCCGAAGAAGCUUGUUCUCAGAGACAUGGCUAUGCUCCGAAAAUUGUUCUUUCGAAAACCCCCCGAUGGCCUUCUCGAGAUCUGUGAACGAGUCUAUGUAUUUGAUUGCUGCUUCACCACUGAUGCUUGGAGCGAAGAGAAUUACAAAGUUUACAUUGAUGGUAUAGUUGGUCAUCUUAGGGAGAACUUGCAAGAUGCUUCAAUUCUUGUUUUCAAUUUCAGAGAGGAAGACACCAAAAGCGUUAUGGCAGACAUAUUAUCUGAGUAUGACAUUACUAUUAUGGACUAUCCGCGGCACUACGAGGGUUGCCCUGUGCUCAAGAUGGAGCUUAUUCACCAUUUCUUAAGGUCUGGUGAGAGUUGGCUCUCUCUUGGGCAGCACAAUGUGUUGUUAAUGCAUUGUGAGCGCGGAGGUUGGCCUGUUUUGGCCUUCAUGCUAGCUGCAUUGUUGAUUUUUCGGAAGCUUUAUACCGGGGAGCAACGGACUUUGGAUAUGGUGUAUAAGCAGUCUCCCCGCGAGCUUUUACAUUUGCUGACACCCUUGAAUCCGAUCCCUUCGCAGCUGAGGUAUCUGCAGUAUGUUUCAAGAAGGAAUGUGGCCAUAGAUUGGCCACCGUUGGACAGGGCGCUCAUGUUGGACUGCAUCAUCCUUAGAUUCAUCCCAAAUUUCGAUGGAGAAGGAGGCUGCCAUCCCUUGUUUAGAAUUUAUGGGCAGGACCCUUUUAGUGGAGACAAGAAUCCGAAAAUGUUGUACUCAACGCCCAAGAGAAGCAAGAAUAUCCGGUGUUACAAGCAGGGAGAGAGUGAACUAAUUAAGAUUGAUAUCAGUUGCCAUAUUCAAGGUGAUGUUGUGGUUGAGAGCACUAACUUGAACACUGAUAUGGAGCAAGAAAUGAUGAUGUUCCGAGUAAUGUUCAACACUGCUUUUGUUAGAUCUAAUAUUAUGAUGCUUAACCGGGAUGAAGUUGACAUUUUAUGGGAUGGUAAAGAUCACUUUCCAAAGGAUUUCAGAGCUGAGAUCCUUUUCUCAGAAAUGGAUGCUGCUGCAGCUGUUAUGGUGGAUCGCACCUCAUGCUUCGAGGAGAAGGAAGGACUGCCAGUGGAAGCAUUUGCUAAGGUUCAAGAGAUUUUUAACUAUGUGGACUGGUUGGACCCCAAUGCAGAUGCUGCACUAAAUGUUCUCCAACAGAUGACUGCUUCGGCUAUCAUUAACGACAAGUUGGAUACAGUUUCUGAUCAGCAUGGAGAAAUGGGCACAAUGCCUCAGGGGAAAAUGAGUAAGCAAUCCCCGGAAAAUGAGAAGAGUAAAAAAGGUGACAUGGCCAGCAAAGUUGAUGCUACUCCAAAGGCAUCUGAUAUUUCUUAUUUGCCUGGUUCUAUGGAAGCUUCUCUUUCCCCAGAAACACCUCCUUUACGGCCUGCCCGAACUAGAUUAGGCAAAACACUUCAUGAUUCUCUUCCCCAUACAGAAGUCAGUCAUCAACUUGUUAUUGAUGAAACUGAAGCCCAAUUACAAGAUAGAAGUCUGUCACCUAUUUCUAGGUUUGCACCUGAGAGUCAAUCGUCACCUACCUCUUGUAGUAACUCACCAACUGAUUCCAUCACCCUGGCUUCAAAUUCAGUUAUUACUUCAGUUCAGCCACCCCCUGCACUUUCUCCCAGAACACCGUUGAAGGAGAUUCCACCUGUAAAAACAAGACUCGAGUCAUCCUCACCGCCUCCACCCCCUCUUCCUCCUACUCCUCCUCCAAAGGAUCAUAAACCAGCUAUAGUUAGACCUCCUCCACCUCCGCCACAUCCUUCAAAGAAUGAUCUACAUGUUAUAGAAGGAACCCCUCCUCCACCAUCACCUGCUUUAGAGGAAGAGCCACAGAUAAAAGCUAGACACCCUCCUCCUCCUCCUCCUCCACCUCCUGCAAAGGAUGAUUCACAGGUUAGAGCUAAAUCCCCUCCACCACCGCCACCACCUCCUUGUCUCUCUGUCAAAGCUGAAGCUCCUAGUACACCAUCAGCAGCACCACCGCCGCCGCCGCCGCCACUGCCACCAUCUGCAUCAUUUCCCUCCAAUAAGCCCAAUCCUUCUGUCCCAGCUGCUCCUCCACCUCCUUCUGCACCAGCUGCCCCUCCACCUCCUUCUGCACCAACUGCUCCACGACCUCCUUCUGCACCAGCUGCUCCACCACCUCCUGCUCCCUUUGGCAAAGGAGGUUCAAACCCAAGCAAUGGUUUUCCAGGGUCUCUUUCGGAUGGAUCCGGCUCAAAGGGACGGAUUCUGUCACGUACUAUUAGUUCAAAGAAUAAUGGCAAAAAGCUGAAGCCAUUGCACUGGUUGAAACUAUCUAGGGCGGUGCAAGGAAGUUUGUGGGCUGAGACACAGAAAUCGGGUGAAGCUUCCAAAGCCCCAGAGAUUGACAUGUCAGAGCUUGAGAGUCUCUUCUCAGCAGCAGCCCCAAGUUCAGGUUCAACCAAGAAAUCAAAUUCCCAAAGCUCAGUUGGGCCUAAAUCUGAUAAAGUGCAGCUGAUUGAGCAUAGGCGAGCAUACAAUUGUGAAAUCAUGCUUUCAAAAGUGAAGGUGCCAUUGCAUGAAUUAAUGAGCUCAGUGCUAGCACUGGAAGAGUCAGCACUAGACAUUGAUCAGGUUGAGAAUAUCAUAAAGUUUUGUCCUACGAAAGAAGAGAUGGAAUUACUUAAGGGUUAUACAGGGGAAAAGGAGAAGUUAGGGAGGUGUGAACAGUUCUUCUUAGAGUUGAUGCAAGUACCACGGGUAGAAUCCAAGCUCAGAGUUUUCUCAUUCAAAAUUCAGUUCCAAACUCAGGUUGCUGACCUUAGAAAUAACCUGAAUGUUGUGAAUGCUGCAGCAGAUGAGAUCAGAGGUUCUGUCAAAUUUAAGAGAGUUAUGCAAACCAUACUUUCCCUGGGCAAUGCUUUGAACCAGGGAACUGCCAGGGGCUCAGCCAUUGGAUUCAGAUUGGAUAGUCUUCUGAAGCUUACUGAAACACGUGCACGGAACAAGAAGAUGACUCUCAUGCAUUAUCUUUGCAAGGUGCUGGCUGAUAAACUACCAGAAGUUUUAGACUUCUCCAAGGAUGUUGCUAACCUAGAGCCAGCAGCAAAGAUCCAAUUGAAAAUUCUGGCAGAGGAGAUGCAAGCUAUAAGCAAAGGAUUAGAGAAAGUUGUGCAGGAAUUAUCGAUCUCUGAAAAUGAUGGUCCGAUGUCAGAGACUUUCCGCAAGAAUUUGAAAGGGUUCCUCUCUCAUGCUGAAGCUGAAGUCCGUUCAUUGGCUUCACUAUAUUCUCGCGUGGGUAGGAAUGUAGACACGUUGAUUCUUUAUUUUGGGGAAGAUCCAUCACGGUGCCCUUUUGAGCAAGUUGUCAAUACUCUGCUCAACUUCACUGGAAUGUUUAACAAAGCACAUGAAGAGAACAGCAAGCAGCUAGAGCUUGAAAUGAAGAAAACAGCAGACAGUGACAAAAAGAAGUGUGAACAAGAAAAGAUAAUACCGGCAGCAAUCCGGACCGGCAACGUCCAAUGAGCGGUAAUUGGAUGUAACACUAGCUUCAACAAUCAGAACACACUAAGCAUGACUAGCAAUUUGAUCGGAGAAAAAAUGGUUUCAUGAUUUUGGGGAGUGCAUGUAUAGUGACACAGCACUUUUAGCUCUGACGUUGAGAACCAAAACAUGCAUAGAUGAUAGAACUACAUAUAGCACUGCAAAGGCGAGGUAACUUUUCAUGACCAACUCACUUUGGUUGUACAUUCUUUUCUCAUCAUCAUCAUACUCUAGUUAUUUUUGGUUCAUAAAUAUCCUACACCAGAGACGGUAGAGUUUGCAUGAGUUGUGUUAUUUUGCCAUGCAACUGUAUAUUUUUUCCUCUCCGCUCUGAAAUUAUUCAUGUUUGUGCCCUUCACCCACCGCUAGCAAGACUGUUUUUCCAUCUGUAAUGGCAUAGCAUGUAUUAUCAUAUAAAUAAGAUUUAAUUUUGAGUUAGGUGAGAAAAUAUAGACUAUAGAGGGUGAAAAUUUAUGCAGUGGUUAAUCAAUUCUUCAAUAUUAAAUUAUUGGCAAGCCAAUAAUUGGAGUCUAUUGCGGUGGCCAGUGGCUUCAUUACCUAGCCUGAUUUAAUUUGUCCACAUUAUCACCGAUGAACUAUAUAUUAGCAUUUUCAACCUAUAUUUCAGUGUCACGUAGCAGGUUGCAGUAUUCACUAGCCACUAAGCCCACUGUUGAUUUGAUAAAUUAAAUCACCAUUAAAUUAGAGGAUUGCUUUACAAAUUAUUAAGCAUGCAAGUUGAAUGCAUCCUUUUGCUAGACAGAUGCCAAUAUAUUAUGCAAACCCCCAACACGUGGUAGACUUGACUGACUUUAUAAUGUAUAGUUGUAUAGACUUGGAAAAAAUGUGAAGUUUAUAGUAUUAAUUAAUGAAAAGUUGGUGUUAUCCUGAACAAUGAAAGAAUAAUCGAUUAUUAAUUAUAAUUAAUAUAUAUGGUGCUUCUUGUUUGUGUACUAUGCACUGAAUGAGGAUUAGAUAUAAAAGCAGAAAAAUCCGCCCCCGCCGGAGUUGGAUGGCAGAAUCAAUUUUCAGACUUGACCAUAGAUAGUGUUUUAUGGAGCCAAUACUUGGUUA